GAGGUUCUUCAUGCAUUCUCUUUGCUGUGCUGGGUUGUAGAAAGUGAAAAGAACAUGGCGUCUCAAGGAAUUCAGCUCAUCGGCAUUGUUGCGGCCUUGCUGGGCUGGCUGGGGUCCAUCGUCAGCUGCGGUCUGCCUCAAUGGAGAGUCACGGCCUUUGUCGGCCCCAACAUUGUGACUGCGCAGAUCAUCUGGGAGGGAAUCUGGAUGAGCUGCGUUGUCCAGAGUACUGGGCAGAUGCAGUGCAAGGUCUAUGACUCCAUGCUGGCCCUCAGCUCAGACCUGCAGGCCGCCAGGGCCAUGAUCAUCAUCUCUAUCUUGGCUGGCAUCUUUGGGAUUGUGAUGUCCAUGGCUGGAGGCAAGUGCACCAACUGUAUUGAGGACGUGCGCAGCAAAGCCAUGGCGUGCAUCACAGCUGGAGUCCUGUUCGUAAUCGCCGGCUUGCUGUGUCUGAUCCCUGUCUCGUGGUCAGCUCAUACCAUCAUCUCAGACUUCUACAACCCCAUGAUGUCCGAGGCGCAGCGGAGGGAGCUGGGGACAUCUCUCUACAUUGGCUGGGCGUCUGCUGGUCUGUUGAUGAUGGGUGGAGGACUUCUGUGCUGGAAUUGUCCUCCAAAGGAGCAGCAGCGCAUCUACAACCCCAAAUUCUCACCUGUCAGAUCUACCGUCACUUCUAGGGAAUACGUCUGAGAGACUGGAACAUCCAUAUUAGUUCACUGACUUUCUAUGUUCAACAUGGAAAAUCCAAAUCACUGUAAAUCUAUAAUUCAUGUUGUUUAGCUUGGCUGAAACCUCAAAACUGGGAUGACUAAUUAGACCAACUACUGGAGAAGUGCAUGAAAAUGCCGUAUGUCAAUUAUCUUUUUUCAGCAGUUGAUUAAAGCACUCCAAGUGCAUCUCCCUAUCACUGUUGUCGGAUCAAAACUUUGCAUCUCCAAAAUGGUAAGUUUAUAGGAGAAGGAAAAAAACCUACUC